UCGUACCCAGUUCAACUCAUUCUCCCAUGUCUUCUCGAGCCGAAGAGAAAAGACGUAUGUCUGAUGAUGACGUUCAAGAGCCUGUUGACCACCGCAAACGACGCCGUAAUAGGACAACCCAAUCCUGCUUGAACUGCCAUGGAUCCAAACGAAUGUGCGAUAGGAAACGCCCAGCCUGUGGUCGAUGUGUCAAGCUUGGGCUUAGCGGAACUUGCGUCUACGAGGUCGAUGAUAUAAACAGAAGGGAUCCUUCACAAAACGAGGUUACCCUUCUCAAAAACAGGAUUGCCGAGCUGGAAGGCUUCAUUCGCGAAUACAAGCGGAAGCCACAUCCACGCUUGUCUACCAAUGCCAAGAAGCGCUUUGGUUCCUCCAUUCCAUCGGGCCUUGGCUUUGACAACGGGGCAGAGAGUGAUUCUUCUUCGGAUUCGAAGGACGCAAGGUCUCUCCGGCCAAUCAGAGUAACUUCGUACGCCGAAAGCUCUUCUGAAUCUGACAAUCUGCCCUGUACUCCGUCAGUCCAAGGAGAUGAGCCGGUCUUCCUUACAGCCCAGACCAGCGAUGUACCUCCGCAAUCUACUUCUGGAUCAUCUAUCUCCCAAUCUGGUGAUCUUGAUUUUUCACCUGAUAUCCUAAAGUCAAUGGCGAAUAGUGCAAUGGAUAUCGAUGUGAUCUUUGAUUUCGCUAGUAACGGAUUUGGACCUGGUGAAGGCGACGCGUUGGAGCGGGUUUUCGCUCGUAUCAUGGAGCAGGACUCACAAAACGCGUCUCAUGUCUCCCAGUGUCAAUGCAGAGAACAACCAUCAGCGCGUUCCAUUCUACGCGAGCUUACUCCACAUUUACGCAGAGCGCUGGAUAGUAUGCGCUCUUCCCCGGAGCAUCAGGCGGAGAGUCCCGAGUUCGGAUCUUCGUGCUCUCUAUUCGGUCAAUUGCAACACAUCCACGAAAUGAUAUCGUCCAUCGUGGAAACACCAUUGGAAAUCCAACCACUCGCUCAGAUGGCAGAUUCUCCACAAGUAAUUCACUCAAGCGAAUCUGCAAUCCGUCCGCCCCAAGUUAGCGGAGAAGAUUCGCCUUUGCAGCGCGUUCUCGCGGCGCGCAGAGCGGGUCUUGUGCCACAACCUGUAUUCGAUCGACUUUCAGCACCAACAACCACCGUUGGAGUCCAAAGUAAAUCAUGGAGGGGGAGCACAGUCCAGACAUCAUGGGAAGCAAGCGAGGCUUCCUCAAGUUCUGGCCAGGCGUCUACAGACAACGACCAGCUUAUGUCUUGGGAACCUUGGCCUCGUGGCGAAUGGCCGAGGACGAUCACUUUAUGAGUCCGUGGUGUGGGGAUACGCGCUGCUGCGCAGUGGAUCGGAUUGUUUGUAUCUUGUACCUAAGGCGGGCUUUUGCUGCAGGAAGCACUGAUUAGACAAUUUAAAUGAAAAGCUAAUGGUGUACUGAAAAUAUCGCGUUUGCCUUCACUUUGCACGCGGG